AUGCGUGCUUUUUUCUUGGGUAGUCAAGGUUAUCACGAGGUUCUUCGCUUGCAAGAAGCCAUAUUCAAAGCGAAAAUUGAUAGGCAAGUCCGUCGGUUCCGAGGAGAACCAGGCGUGACUCUGAUUCCAGACACUGUGCUUCUCGUAGAGCAUUCAUCACCAGUCUACACCGUUGGUAGACGAGACACAACAGAGGGGAUUCCAAAGGAUUGUAAGGUGGAAGUGGUCAAAACAAGGAGAGGUGGGGGCGUAACUUUUCAUGGGCCUGGGCAGAUAACAAUGUACCCAAUAGCGAACAUCCAACAACUUUGGAAGAAAUGUGUAUCAUCUGAUAAACCGCGUUCUCCUAUUGAAUGGUUUAGCUUUGUUUUGGAACAGGCUAUGAUCGACACAGCAAAGGAUUAUAACAUACCAACGCAUCGCAGAAAAGUUGGAGUUUGGUCAGAUGAAUGGGAUAAUAUGGCUCCGCGGAAGAUAGGUUCUAUAGGCCUUCAACUCGGUAAUUGGGUGUCUAUGCAUGGAGCGGGCUUUAACGUAAGCAAUGACCUUUCUUACUUUAACAACAUCAUAAUAUGUGAAAUGCCUGAUGCCUCAGCAACAUCUUUGAAAGAAGAGCUGCACCUUCGAAGAAUCAAUGUACCGAGCCCUAAUCCAAGAAUAGUAUCUCCCACUCUGCUCCAUCAUUUCUUUACGAACCUUAGACAGGAAGAGAACAUUCUGUCGACAAAACUCCUUGACGUUUCUGAGGAGAGAGAUUGGCAUCGUUUCAUCUUAAAUGAGACUGAUUGA